AUGGACAUCUCCUCUAUCCUCCAAGGCGGCUACGCUCACCCAACGUCUCGCAAAUGGCAGGCGAAGACCCAGCUGAGCAAGUCGAUGUUCAUGUAUCCCAUCUUCAUCACGGACGACCCCAAGGCGAGCGUCGAGAUCCCGACGCUGCCCGGCCAGCGCCGGUGGGGUGUUGAUCGUCUCGAGGAGUUCCUCACACCUCUCAUUGAGAAAGGUCUGGAGAGCGUCAUCUUGUUCGGAGUGCCUUUGAGCUGUAACAAGGACGACCGCGGCACACCAGCCGACGACCCCACUGGGCCCGUCAUCCUCGCGAUCAAAAAGCUGCGUGCGCUCUUCCCCGACCUCUACAUCGCGUGCGACGUCUGCCUGUGUGAGUACACGGACCACGGGCACUGUGGUGUCCUCCAUGCCGACGGCACGAUCAACACGCCGCCUUCUGUCGACCGCAUCGCCGAGGUGGCGGUCAACUACGCGCGUGCUGGUGCGCAUUGUGUCGCUCCUAGCGACAUGAUGGACGGGAGGAUCAAGGGUAUCAAGAGGGGGUUGAUGGACGCGGGCUUCGGGAAUAAGUGUCUUCUGAUGAGCUAUUCGGCCAAGUUUGCGAGUUCGUUGUAUGGGCCUUUCCGUGAUGCUGCUGGAAGUGCUCCAUCUUUCGGAAACCGAAAAUGCUACCAGCUUCCGCCCACAGGCCGUGGCCUUGCCAGACGAGCUAUCCAACGUGAUGCCAACGAAGGUGCUGAUAUCAUCAUGGUCAAGCCUGCCAUGCCCUACCUCGAUAUCAUCGCCGACGCUGCGCAGCUGACACCCGACCAUCCCAUCGCCUGCUACCAAGUCAGCGGCGAGUUCGCUAUGAUCCAUGCCGGAGCUCGUGCGGGAGUGUACGAUCUCAAGCCCAUGGCAUUCGAGAGUGUUGAAGGUAUGGUUCGUGCUGGUGCGACGUUAAUUCUUUCGUACUUCACCCCGGAUUUCUUGGAGUGGUUGUAG